AUUUUGGGUCUUUCCAGUCAUUUCAGCAUGCACCUGGGUUGCCAUGCUAAUUGCCAUGUUGGCAACCUGGGCUCGAGAAGGUAGCCCUAUAUACGCCAGUAUGGAAACCGGCCAAACAAUCGCAUAUAUCUCCGACAUUGGUGCUCAGGGCCUCAAGCCCCUUUUCAUUGCAGGGAGCUGCGUGACUGUCGCCUUUCUCGACCUCUCCUUUCUCUCCGAACGAUGGCUUCGUCACGCAGGGCAGCUGGUACCCAACAAGGGUCUGUUUGAUAAAAGCUGUGCGAUCGCCUCCAUCUGCUUCUCGAUCGCCGGUGCACUGGGUUUGAUCCUGCUAUCAAUCUUCGAUACGUUGCGGCAUCCGCAUAUGCAUGACGGGUUUCUGGUGAUGUUCUUGGUGGGUUACCUCAUCAGCGCAAUCCUCAUCUGCUGCGAAUACUGGCGGCUAGGGAUUUUCUACCGCUCCCAGCAUCGUGUCCUCCUGGCCAGUUUCAUCAUCAAGCUCUCCUUCGUCAUUAUCGAGAUUGCGCUGGCCAUUGCGUUCGGCGUCUUGGGAAAUAAGGGCGGACAUUAUCGCAAUGCCGCUGCGGUCUUAGAAUGGGUGAUCGCUUUGAUUUUUACAUUCUAUGUCCUGUCCUUUGUGGUUGACUUGUUGCCCUCGGUUCGCACCCGAAAACACGUGCCGCAGGGCGAGAAGCGCAUCGAGAUGGGCCGGAACGGGCACGCCCAUGUCAGCAACAGCAGCGACGAAGGGACUGAAGAAGUACCCGUCACCACCGACUCGGCCGGGCCCAAUGCCAACUACUAUCGCGGUCAACGGAUUUAUUAGAUAAUCGUUCAAUUUCUUCCACCUUGGAGAGUUCGAUAACCUUCAGUGGACACACACAUAUAAAUAUAUAUAUAUAUAUUCACACAUGUGAGACGAGAGCAUAACGUCAUGAUACCCUGUGAAUUGGUUUUGAGCAGAUGGAGUUUUUUUUUUUUUUUUUUCUUUUUGGCAUAUCUCUUGACCCUGACUGUUCUGUCUUCUUGAGUCUGGUGUGAUCAUCUUGGAUGUCAUUUCUG